AUGAGCGCUCAACAAUUGUCCAUCGAUAACGCCGACCUCGAGAAGCUCAACGACAAGGAUCGCCUCGAGCUUCGCCAGUUCCUCGCCAACGAGCAGCAGCGCUCUCAGAUCCAAGCCCAAACACAUAGCUUGACCCAAAUGUGCUGGACCAAGUGCGUCCCUGGCAAUAUCAAGAACCCUAAGCUCGACAAGUCCGAGGAGACAUGCCUCGCCAACUGCGUCGAGCGAUUUCUUGACGUCAACUACCUUACGAUGAAGCACCUCAACGGCAUGCGCAACUAA